GAGCUCUGCAAGCAGGGAACGGUACAGGGGCAGAGACACAGAUACAGUAAGGAGACCGAGGCAUUAGGAAGGAGAAUCCCAGCUCCAGGAAUGAUCACACUGAGCUCCAGCACUGGGAUCAUAACCAGCCCGAAAACACAGCCUGAGAGGAUCAGCAUUAUCACCAAGAGCAGCUGUCUGGGAUCUAUACAUAUCAAUUACUUCUCAUUGUAACAGCAGAGCAUACUGUAGCCUUUCAUCUAUCAUCUGCACAUAUCUACUAGAGGAAAGGGGGAGAGCAACGUGCUGAUCCGACCGCAGUCAAACUAUUCCCUUCUGCAUCGCAUCUACCUAUAUAUUCGCCACUUUGAAUUGGGAUUAUUCUUACUGACAGACUUGAUUCUGCUUCCCUACCCCCCACCUUAAGUAUACUGAUACCCACUUCCUUCAUCUUUAUAAUCUUUCCUUCCUGCUUUCGACCCCCUGUGUCUUGUGUGUUUUAAUAAUCUCACUCUGAUUUCUAUAUAAAAAAAUCAACACCAACCCUUCCUUCUCUCUGACCCCAUCCAACACCCCCUGUUAAGAUUGGACAAACUCUUCUGUUUAUCAGCAGCAAAACUGAAACAUUAUCUUCACUAAUCAGGUGACAUCCAGUGAUUCUGCAGGGGGUAAUCCUGUAAUCGUGUUCAUCUAAUUGCAGACUACGGGAGUUUGAUUCAUAAGCAUCUUAUUGUUCCAAGUAUGCUACCCGUGAAUCAGUAAAACAAUAUCAAAUACGUCAAAAGCUGGGGCUUUAAAAAUAUUAAAUAAAUAAAAGGGAUCCUGGUGAGGAAGGCACAGCUUUACUCGGAUUUACCCAAGACUGCCUCUACACAGUGAAAGUACAGCAACAGUACUGAUUAAAUAAGAAAAAAAGAUAAUCUGGUGCCAAGUGAGGAGGACAAAGUGCCAGAAAUGAACACAAACGAUGCAAAUGCUCCGGAGGGGGGCCUCAAUGUCACGCUGACCAUACGGUUAUUAAUGCAUGGGAAGGAGGUGGGAAGCAUCAUUGGAAAGAAAGGUGAGACCGUUAAGAAGAUGCGAGAGGAGAGCGGCGCUCGAAUCAACAUAUCAGAAGGCUCCUGCCCUGAACGAAUUGUAACAAUAACAGGACCAACAGAUGCAAUAUUUAAAGCAUUUUCCAUGAUUGCACUCAAAUUUGAAGAGGAUAUUAAUGCUUCCAUGACAAACAGCACAGUGACGAGCAAGCCACCGGUGACACUGAGACUAGUUGUCCCUGCAAGUCAAUGCGGAUCUCUUAUAGGGAAAGGGGGUUCUAAAAUUAAAGAGAUCAGAGAGUCCACAGGAGCCCAGGUUCAAGUAGCAGGAGAUAUGCUGCCUAAUUCCACAGAGCGGGCUGUAACAAUAUCAGGGACUCCUGAUGCCAUCAUUCAGUGCGUGAAACAGAUUUGUGUAGUUAUGCUAGAGUCACCGCCAAAAGGUGCAACCAUUCCUUAUCGGCCAAAGCCUGCCUCCGGACCUCUUAUUUUUGCUGGAGGCCAGGUAAGAGCGGACACCAUUUUGGCCUCAGCUGGAAAUCACACCGUCCUGGCCCAACCUCAACCAGCACCUGCAUUUGCAAUUCAAGGGCAGUAUGCUAUUCCACAUCCAGACUUGACCAAGCUUCACCAGUUGGCUAUGCAGCAUACCCCUUUUACUCCCCUUGGGCAGACCACCCCUGGUUUCCCUGGAUUGGAUGCCACAUCACCGACCAGUUCCCAUGAACUUACUAUUCCAAAUGAUCUAAUAGGUUGCAUUAUCGGCAGACAAGGCAGUAAGAUAAAUGAAAUCAGACAGAUGUCAGGAGCACAGAUCAAGAUUGCAAAUGCUUCAGAAGGCAAUGGGGAAAGACAAGUUACAAUCACAGGAUCCCCUGCAAACAUCAGCUUAGCUCAGUACCUCAUUAAUGCCAGCUUAGAGAUGGCUAAACUGAGCACCCAGACUGCUUCCGUCACGACCCCUGUUGACCUGAACAUGAACCUCUCUCAGUCUACCACCCCUUCCUCCACCCCCACCUCUAUGGCUGUGUUGGCGGCAGCUGCUGCUGCCUCCGCGGUUAACGUCAAUUCCCCUCCCCACCUACAAACUUUACCGACCACCCACUAUGCUGUUCCUGUCUCCAGUCUGCUUGGCAUGAAAACUGUCCCACUCCUGGCACUAAAUGCAGCGGCCACUGCGGGGGCCACUGGGAAUUUACCUGCUUAUACUGCCAAAAUUUCAUCGACGAGUGGGGUUAAGAAAUCUGACCGACAGAAGUUUGCUCCAUAUUGAAUGGAUGAAAACAAAGCUCUACCAAGAUUCUGUGGUAGAUAAACCCAAUGGAAACAAUAUGGCAUUUACACUUCUUUUCAGUUUCAUUUCUUUUUGUUGAAUUGCAAAUGUUUAUUGUUGCCGAUUCAAUUUUUUGUCCUCCUUUCCAUGACUAUUAACCCAAAAUGCCAACUAGUUCCAACAGCUUAUGUUUUUAUCAGUUCUAUUUAUUUUAUUUUGAUAUUUUAAAAAUGUAUUUAUUUUGGCUGGGUCAGACAAGGGGAAAGUUGAGUAGGGGAAGUAUUAAGUUUAGAUAAACUGGCAUGUUUGCCUUAUACAAGUUAAGAAUUUGAAACUUUUCAAUAAAAAAGUAAUAAUGGUGUAACAAAACAUCUGAAAUGUAUUACUACAACUAAGAAUAAUAAAAUAUAAU